AUGUCUGCUGAGGAGCCUUCAGGAAUUAGUCCGGAAGAACGGGCCCAUGAGUUCAGCGCCCUCAACACGCUUCUUCUGGUCGUGGUUCUUGGGCUAUGCAUCCUAAGCGCCUACCUUAUCCGACGGCACCGCUUCUACUACCUUCCGGAGUCCGCCGCUGCCAUUUUGGUGGGGGUUGUGGUGGGGGGCAUGGCCAAGAUUUUCUACCCCACGAAGGAUGAGCUAGACUUCCUCAGCUUCAAUUCGGCCCAGGAGUUGUUCUACUUCCUGUUCCUUCCCCCGAUCAUCUUCGAGGCCGGCUACACCCUCAGGAAGAAGGACUUCUUCCACAACAUCCUUUCCAUCGUCAUGUUCGCUGUGCUGGGGACCCUGGUGUCGACGUUCAUCAUCGGGUACCUCACCUACCUUGCCGGCAAGCUUGGACUGGCCCGCAUCAACACCUCAAACCCUAUGGAGCCCCUCCUGUUUGGGGCCUUAAUCUCCGCCGUAGAUCCAGUAGCCACCCUGUCCAUCAUGGGUUCUCCGGAGCUGAACUGCGACCCGUUGCUCUACAGCCUGGUGUUCGGCGAAAGCGUGCUAAACGAUGCGGUGGCAAUCGUGCUCUUCCGAACCUUCCUGCGGGAGUACCAGGAGAACGAAUCCUUCACCGCGGGGACCCUCCCGUCCACCCUGUGGAGCUUCUUCACGAUAACGAUCGCGUCGACUUCGGUGGGGGUGCUCAUCGGUCUGGCCUGCUCCUUCCUGUUCAAGCACACGCGCAUCCGCGACUACCCCAAGUUCGAGAUCUCGCUGCUUUUCCUGUCGAGCUACGGGAGCUACGCGUUUGCGGAGGCGGUGGAGCUGUCGGGGAUCAUGUCUAUCUUCUUCACCGGGGUCGUGCUGGCGACGUACAACACGUAUAACUUGUCCCCGACUAGCCAGAUCACGGCGGAGUACAUCUUCGCCUCCCUCGCCACGCUGUCGGAGUUCGUGGUUUUCCUGUACAUGGGCAUGGGCGUGUUCACAGGCCGGUUCCGCGACUGGGACUGGCGCUUCAUCGGCCUCGCUAUCGUCUUCUGCCUGGUGGCCCGGCUGUUCAACACCUUCCCGUUCAGCGCGCUCGCCAACCUCUGGCGGCAACGCAAGAUCACGGCCAACAUGCAGGUGGUGAUGUGGUUCGCGGGUCUCCGCGGCGCCAUCGCUUACGCCCUGUCCACGAGCAUGCCGGGCGCGAGCAAGGACGUUUAUGCGUCCACCACCCUGAUGGUCGUCAUCUUCACCACCAUCGGAUGCGGGGGAUUGACGGAGCCCCUCCUGCACCGCAUGAACGUCAAGAUUCAGCGUGGCGGGGGAGCCUCCGGAGCGGCGAAUUCCACGUACCAGCAGCUGUUGGCCUCGGAUGUUGAGGGGGAGGGGACACCUCCCGGCAGCCCCGCCCUGAGGGGUUUCCGCAAGCACAGGAAACGCGUGUCACGGACUGUCGGGGGCGGCGUGGAGAGCCUUUGGCGACACGCGGACUCCCGGUUCCUGAAACCGCUGUUCGGAGGAUCGAUGCAGGACAUCCAGGCAGAGCUCGCCAGAGAGGCACGGGAACAGGAGUUGAUGCGCAUGUCCCUCGAGAGGAAAGCUUCCUCUUCUGUCACCUCUUCCACCAGAGACGGGGGGGGGCGCAGCAACGAAAUGUCCAGCAGCAGGGGGGGGUCCGCCUCUCCCAGACGACGCCCCCCGUCGUCUCCCGCGGGCGGAGGCGGCGGCGGAGGAGGGGGGUCAUCCGGGUCUGAUUCGGCGGGGUCCCCUGGGUAUUGGGAUGCCUCAGGGAGAGGGAGGCAGCACAGAUCCACGAUAGAACACAUGGAUGAGCCCUCGAUUGGGACGCACGUGUAG